UGGUUGGUGCCAGUUCCUCCUGUCGUUCCUUUUUCAAACACCUCGCGCUCAUCGUGCGCCUUCGAUCCCUUAAAAAGUCAGGUCUCGGCAGGUACUGCUAGCCAUCGGCGUGCUGCCGCCCUGCUGUCGUGCGUUCUCGGCGCUGGUGGACGACGGUCGCCGCCAUUUACGAGGAGGCGAGGUAGUGAGCGGUGAGCGUCAAUAAGGUUUGACAUCUCAGUGCCACCGUAAUCGUGACUUUCCUCUCGGUUGGCGGCUGUUCUCUGGCCACGGCAAUUUGCAAGUCUUGCGCGAGACUGGCUUUUUAUCGGCCUGAUCAUCGCAAUGGAGGACGCGAGAAGGCAUGGCCUGGUCCUGACGUCUGCACAGGUUUUGACGGGGCGGAUUGUUAGCUCUUUCCAAGCUGAUUCGCGUGUGGGGUUGAACGACAUCUCCGUCGUUACGAAUUCGUCUUCUCAACAAGGCAUGAAACUCGCGUUGGAAUCGUCGUCCGUGGAUGUGAUUCUGAGCGUUGCGGAGGUUCCGGGUCAUCAUACUGCUCCCCUGUUAAGCGAGUUCAACAGAGUGCUUCGAUCGGGAGGGGAGGUUACGAUUCAAGAGCCCUGUUGUCGGCGAAGUCCCGUCGGUGCGGAAUCGACGAGAUUAGGGACACUGGCUGGCAGCUUGCAAUCGAAGGAGGGUUUGGAGAGAGCAUUGACUUUGAGUGGAUUUAUUCAAAGUCAAGCUUUGGACCCAUUGUUGGAAGUUGGUCUGUCUUCAAGAUUCGUGGGGGUGACAGAUGCAUCGGUUGGCUCGUCAUACGGGCCUCUUCUUGUUCCACUCGCUGUUAAGGCUCGCAAACCCCAAUGGGAAACUGGGACAUCAUUUUCUUUGCGAAGACCAGUGAAGGGCACUGUGGCUGGCCCGGUGAAGCUCAGUGUUGAUGAUUUAAGCGAACUUGCUCCUAGUACCAAUGGAGUGAAUGGAUCCCAUAAAGGAGGGUCAUCUGUUGUCCAGAUCUCAAUGCAAAACAACGAUGAUGAACUGAUUGAUGAAGAUGAGCUCCUGGACGAUGACGAAGCAGAUCAGCCCUCCAUUGAAGCUCCUGCUAAUGACGAUUGCGAGGUCGGGAGUGGUGGUGUGCGGAAGGCAUGCAAGAACUGUACUUGCGGACGAGCUGAGCAAGAAGCAAAGGGAGUAAAACCGGUUCUCACAAAGGAUAUGUUGGAGAACCCACAGUCAAACUGUGGCAAUUGUGGCCUCGGAGAUGCGUUCAGGUGUGGCGGCUGUCCUUACCGUGGGUUACCUCCCUUCAAGCCUGGCGAGAAGAUCGUUUUGCCAGAAAAUUUCUUGGGAGAGGUUGUAUAAACCUGCAACCGUACAGCAUCCGAUGCCCGUCGAAGCUUGGUAAGAGGGCCAUUUUUGAUGGGUAGAUAGGUAUAUAGAGCGUAAGGUGAUCCUGUCUGGUGGGUGCAUGAUUCAGCUCGAGAAAGUGGACUGGGAUGGCCUGUUGAACCAAGCGGCUGUGUAACAACUCCUGUGAGAAGUUGGGAGUGAGCUGGUGGGAUUCCGGGCGGGUGAGAGUUGGUUUAUCUCAUGGACAUGGAAGAAGAAGCAUGGUACUCUGUCACAGAGGGGUCUUACAUUGGGCAGGAAUAAAGUGGAAUAGAAGUUGGCUUUCAUGGUGGCCGGAUGGAUGGGUGAAGAUGUAGGUGGUUUGCCUUGUGGACGUGUGGAAGUGCAGUUGACGUGUGAAACGUUUUUGUUGUGAUAGUGAUUUUAAUUGUGAUUGUUGCAACCUUGGAUUUUGUACGCUCUGGUAGGGUAGAUACGGUUUGAUUAGAGAGCAGGAUGGUGGACCGAGGUCGUGUCUGAGUGGCUUUGAUUGACUCACUGCCAAGCAGCAGGUGAUCUGUCCUGAGUUCAGGUUUAUUUGAGUUGAUUCAAAUAUUCUUCCGGAAAAAAAGAAAAAACUCUGUGGCCUGUCUUUCAAGCUGCAGAUGUCCGCGAGUUUUCAUCUUGAGCGCAUUUUUUUAGGAACUCCUGUAUUGAUAGGAGAUGUGGUUUUACAGUCUGUGUCUGUGUUCGAAUGUGCAGGUCGGGUUUCCUGAUCUGGCCAAUGAGGAGAGGAAUCUGUGGAAGGAGGAUGGUGUGAGGUCGCCUAAAACUCGCAUCUAUUGUUGUAUCAUUUUCUGGUGUCUCAGAAUAUGUUUGGACACUUCAAUUUCUGAAGGAAAAGACUAAAUUUGGUCGCUGGGUGACAUGGCAUAUAUGUACGCGGGUCAUGCGUACAGGAGUGCACAUACUCACGUUUGCUGCACGUAUGUACAGGAGUGAACAUACUCACAUAUUCAGCACGUAUCCACAAAUAGGUAUGGGAACACGUUUUUUUUACCUUUCGUCUUUUUCUAUUCGUUUCUUUUUUUCGAAUAUAGCUUAGAUUUUCUUGAUGAGGCAGAAGUUGUCUCUAUUGGUAUUCUCCGUCCUUACCAUGUUUUUUCACAGGAUUUAUUUUGAUUUUGUUUUUUUUUGGUUUGUUUAUGUACUCGACCCUUUGUAUGUCGUGGGAGUUGCAUAUUCUGUGUACUGCUCAGUAUGUACCGCAUGUGUAAGUGAAAGUGUUGCUGCCAAGGUUGGGUAGUUUUUUUAACCUCUCGUAUGUACUUGUGUGCAUACGUUGGGAGUAUGUGCUUGCGCAUGCGUAAGCCAACGUCA